UAUAAACAUAACAAUUAGUAUUUGAGAAUAUAUAUGGAAGCAUCAAUGGAGAUGAAGAAAGGGCCAUGGAGUUCAGAUGAAGACUCUAAACUCAUCCAUUCCAUCUCCUUACUUGGCCAAGGACGUUGGGAUUCUCUCGCUCGCUUUGCUGGGUUGAAGCGUAGCGGUAAGAGUUGUCGAUUGAGAUGGUUGAAUUAUUUGAGACCAAAUUUACGACGGGGAAAAAUAACUCCUCAAGAACAACUCCUUAUUAUACUCCUUCACUUUCGCUUUGGAAAUCGAUGGUCAAAGAUAGCGGAGAACUUGCCAGGAAGAAGUGAUAACGAUGUAAAAAAUUACUGGAGAACCAAAGUGCAAAAACAUGCGAAAGAGCUUCAUUGCGACGUAAAUAAUAGCCACCAAUUUCGACACUUUCUUCUCUAUCAAUGGCUUCCAUCUCUGCUGGCUCAACAAAUAUCGCCUACUACGCCACCUUCUUCUCCUAACAACAUGAUGACAUGUCCAAACGCUGAUUUCAUCUCAUCACCAGAAGAUAAUAAUACGAGUUAUAAUAUUUGGAACAACUUGUCUAGUUUUGAAGAUGAAAUUAAUAUUUCUCAUGAUUAUUCAAUCCCUACUGAUGAUGAGUACUACUGUCACAAUUAUUGGCCAACUACACCAUCACAAGUACUAUUACCAGAUGAAAUGCUAUGUUUGGAUGAUGAUAUGGACCUCUGGCUCUUUCCUUAGAGUUGUGUGUAACAUGCAUGGGUAGCUAUUUUUAUUCACACUUUAUAUGUAUAUUAAGAACCAAGUAUCUAUCUAUCUGUGACUCUGCACUUGAGAUUGUUACAGAUGUAGUCAUAAGCUUUAAAUUCAGCAUUCUAGAUAUUGCUAAUAAUUAAUUUAUUGAUGAAAGACUGUACGAGUAGCCCACCAACUUAGGAACCUGGUCCCUAUCCAACGCAUGAAGUAAUGAACAAGAGUAAAUAGAGAAUGCAAUGUAAGAGAAACAGUGUUCACAUGAUAUUUACGUGAAAACCUCCUUACUCAAGGGAUCAGAGUAAAAUUACGACCUACCACGUAGAUUUUUCAACUACUUCACUAUCUUCAAGAAACUUGAAUACAGACUCCAUAUAGUUCACGGAUUAACCUGUUAAUCCUCAACGACUUGCAAUAGCUCUAUUACAUGACUCCAGAACAAUAACUCUA